CCACAAUGUUUUUGGAGCAAAACAGUGAAAGUUUUUUUUUUGUUUGUUUGGUUUUUUGUUUUUUUGUUUUUUUUUUACAGUAUGACAGUUUUCUUGUUGAAAAUAUUGUGCUGAAAUCAUCAGGGGAUGCUCAACAUGGCAGAUUUUAUACAUUUUAUAUGGUGUUUCAAUUUGAUCAGUAUUGCUCCAAAUUGAAUGAGGUUAAUUGUACUGUAAUGACUAAGAAAACUCUUUUUGAUGGCAUAUUACAGCUCACAUAGACCUACUAAAUCAGACUAGUGCUGAGCUGAUAAACUCUGUGGGAGGAGAGCAUAGAGUUUAAAGGACGUAAGUGUGAUAGCAUUUCUGAUAAGGGUUGUGAAGCAAAGCCAGUCAUGAUGCUGUUGCCAGGUCUGCAGUGAUCAAACUGACGGGUGCUUUGAUGACGAUUCAGCUGAAACUGUGAUAAGUUGCACUGAUGAGCGAUAUGAUAACUUGAGUAAACUCACUAAACACAUGACGCUGUUUUGCAUAACAAUGCCAUUGCACUCAUUCCUUCAGAGAAAAGAAGGAGAGCUGUAGAACCUGUUUUUAGUCACGUGGGCAGGUUGUCCAGUCCAGGUUGGACAUAUUCAGCACUUGUCUUUUUGUUUUUCUGUAAAAUACAUUACAUUUGAGGAAGGAUUAAUCCUCUACUCACCAACCAAAUGUUGAUUUAAUCUGGACCUAAAGAUGGCCGGGAAGCCGUUCCGCGCCACCUUUAUCUGGAGCAGCAUCAUUAACAACCUGCAGGCGCAGGUGGAGGUCAAGAGACGACGCCACAACCUGAAGUCCUACCCCAACUGCUUUCUGGGCUCCGAGGCUGUCGAUGUGGUGUUGGCUCACAUCAUCCAGAACAAGUUCUGCCGCGAUGAUGAGGUGCCACGUUUCAAAGCAGUGCGUCUCUGUCAGGCGCUCAUGGACUCGCGGGUGUUCGAAGCAGUGGACACCAAGGUGUUCGGGAAAGAGAAGAGGCACGCCAAGUUUGAGGACAGCAGCUGCAGUUUAUACAGGUUCCUGAAUGCGAGUGCUAGCAAGGAUACGAUUGAACACACGUAUGAAUCGACCUCCAUCAACAGGACUGCGCCACCAAAAAGUGAAGAGGAACAGGAGUAUUCAAACACCUCGCCAGUCAAAACAGAUAAAUCUCUGGAGGACGUUUUAGGGAACCUGAACUCAAACACAAACAUCACACCCCAGCUGAUAAAUCUGGGUCUGUCACAGGAGUUGGUGGAUGAGGUUUGGCAGCAACAGGCAACACUGAGAUUACUGCAGCUGAUCGAGUUGCCUUUACUGGAGAGUCUUCUAGAAGGAAAGGAGAGUCCCCGUCCCCCUCUGCACGGUAUGGACAGCGACCCAGAUCUUCUCUACACCAGCAACUAUGUGGACCGAGAAAUCCUCAAAGCCUUCAGUGAAGCUCAUGCCGAUGCCUGGCUCUCAGCAGCUGUCGACUGUCUGGAGUUUCUUCCUGACGAGUUGGUAGUCGAGGUGAGCCGAGGGCUCGCCAAGUGUCCAGAGGAGACAGCUCAAUAUAAACGUCUCCUCUAUAGCAUUCUGAUCCAACAUUAUGGCCAGACGGAAUACCCUCCACUGUUUAGCAACCACAUCUUCGACAUACACAGCGGCAUCUCUGAGCUAUUAGUUAAUGGGAAGCAGGAGCAGGCUCUGGAGGCCCUGCAGCUCUGUCUAAAGCUCCAGGACUCCCGAAGCAGAGAGGAGCUCCGCAGACUCCUCCGUUUCAUGGCUUUCGCCGCACAGCCAAAUGACCUCAAACUGCACAAAGAGAUAGAGAACAGAAUGGCGGUGAAGAGAGCGUUUUCCAGUGCUAUCGUGUACAGCGCCAGACUCGCCAAGGGAAAGGUGGAUCUUCUGGUACUUUUCAUGAUAGACAAUCACUUGGAUCUUUUCAAGAUUCCUGUAUCGUUACACAAGCUUGUUAGUGAUAAACUAGCCAGCAUCAUCAGGGGCAAAGAUCCUGAUGCCGUUACAGGUCCAUCUUACUGUAGACGUCUUACGAGGACCACUUACAUGCAGACAGUAGAGAAAACCACUAAAGAGGAGCUUGUGACUUUACUCCGAACUAUUCAUGAGAACCCCAAGCUUUCUGUAAAAGAAAAGCGGCGACUGCUCGGACAGUUCUACAGAGGACAUCCUGAGAUAUUCGUGCAGUAUUUUGGCAACCAGAUAUCCAGUGCUUACCUGUAACACACUGCUUUACUGAAAUGCUAUUGCACAAGAUGUACAAAAUGAUAUGUAGAUUCUGUAAAAUGUCAUGUAAAUGUUGUAAAAACAAAAUGUAAAUAUUUAUUUACUUUUUAUGCAUGGACGCAUGGGUUAACAAAGGUCAAAGUAUGACAUCAUGCACGUUUUAAUGCCUGUAUUAUAAAUAUGAAUUAUAUUUAUCAGGCUAUGUUCAGACCUGUAACAUAAAUGGUUUUGUUCUGUUGUGACUGUUGUCAAAUUCCGUGACCGUUUGUAAAUGUUUUUUGUUGGUUCCUAAACAUUUUCACUGAAAUAGAGCUCUUUUAAAAUUUACACUGACCUAUGACCCCAGCUCUUUUCUCAUCCACUACCACCUGGAAGGUUAGUGGCAGUGCUUGUACUUAC